GAACUUUUCAAACUACUGUGUCCAGGGUCAAGAAUGAACCUUCAGAUCGCCAUGAUUUCAGUCUGUUCAAAAAACAUCAACAGAAACAUUUCUUUCUAGAGAUUCAAAGUUUUACUGGAACUCAUUUCUAUAUUGUAAAUCAUUUUCAGCUGGUUAAACUUAAAAAACGAACGUUUUACUUUAUUUGAUCCCCCAGUGGUUUAUGAUCCCUGUGUUGUUUUUAGUUGUUUUUUUUCUGUAAAGAACUUUGUAACCUUGUUAAGAAAAGUGCUAUAUAAAUAAAGUUUAUUAUUAUUAUUAUUAUAUAUCUCAGCAGUACAUUGGCUCAACUCAUUUCAAGUCCAAAGACUUCAAGUCAAGUCGUGUUCAUAAGUGGUCUGCAAAUAAAAACGAGAUGUGUGGAGUUGAAUUAACUUGAAAUUAAUAAAACGUAUAUAUUCACGUUAAGUUAUUAACAAAAGAUUAGUUGAUUCCACUAAAUUCCUCUAUGAUUUUUACAUUAUAAUUUUAUUAUGUCGGUCUAUUCUGUACACGUGACAUCUAUUUCCUGUCUCCCCUGUUGCUCUUCCUGAGGUUUCUCCCAUUUCUUUCCCAGUUCAGAGGGUUUUAUGGGGAGUUUUUCCUCGUCCGAAUCGAGGAAGUCGUAAACUGCACAGCUUGUAAAGCCACCAAGAGGCAAAUUUGUGAUAUUGAGCUACAUAAUUAAAAUUGACUUGACUUGUGUAACAAAGAAAUAGUCAUAACGUGGGGAAGUGAAACUGAAACUAUCCGCAAGGCUACUUAGAUGAAGCAAGAGAGAAAAGCUUGAGAGAAAUGUUUUCUAUAAUCUGUGUGAAGCAACCCUUUAAAACACAGACACAGCACCAGGUGAUAACAGUGCAGAACGGGCUUACGACACCCCAUUACAGGUCAGAAGAGAGGAGCCGGUAACCCGCAGGAGCUGCCACUGCGGUCUCCCUCCUGCAAGGUGGUGAUUAUGCGGCUGGGACGGCGUCUGUAACGCGGCUUUAACAGAUCUCAAUCCAGGCUUUGUGUGCGCAUUCCUUGGAGUCUGCUUGGUGCCUUGUUUCUGGGCCAUGAUGGAGGCCAGUGGAGCCCCGACUGAGGUGCUCCUGCAGCUUCCCUGGCUUCCUGUGAGCAUCGGCGGCUGCCAGCUGCUUGCCAAGAGCUGGUUUGGGGAAACGGCGUACCACGUCCUGCUGACAGACACGCACUGCGUGUGGGAGGAGAGGAUGGACUCGGCAGCCAUCCAGAAGAGAGCGCAGGAGCUGAACAGACGUUUGCGAGCCCCGGUCAAAGCUUUCUUCUCCCACCUGUGUGAGGUGGUUCAGCCCUGUCUGUCAGGAAGCGACGGGCGACCCGACGGCGAGGCCCAGAUUUCCCUGACGCGACAGGAGGACGGCAACAUGAGCUUGAAGCUGAAGAGUGAGCUGGCAGGGCUGCCCUUCUACUGGGAGUUUCACUGCACCCCCGCCCCGGUCACUGUGGUGUGUGUUCAGCUGGUGCGCCCCCUGCUGGCGAUGAGCCACCUGCUGCAGCGGCAGGUGGAGCAGCUCGGAGGCCUGCUGGUGAGGAAGGACGCCGAGAUCCAGGACUACAGAGAGAACGGAGCCUCGCUUAGCAGAGAGCGGCUGCAGACGGACGUUUUUGAGGAGAAAACCUACAGAGAGGACUUCAUGUCAAAGGCUCUUCCUCUGCUGCGUCCUGAACAGCAGGACGCUCUGGGCCUCGACACCGACCUCCAGCGCCUGUACGCAGCCGUCGUCGCCCACGGAAACACACGGAAACGCAAACUGUCCGAGGAACGCUCUGUUGAGGAGGACCAGCCGCCCCCUGAAGAACCAGACCUCACCUCGUCUCUAGGUGGAUCUAUCGGCAGUGAAGCGGGUGAGGACAGAGAGCAGAGACAGAUCAGGGACGUGGACGCAGCUGGAGCCAAGAUGGCCGACAGGCCCGCAGUACAGCAGUCUCUACCGCUCACGUCCGAGCCUACAGAGCGACCGUCCAGCAAACCAAAGAAGAAGAAAGUCGUCGGACUGUUCAGAUGAGCCUGAGCAGUACGACGCGCACACAGGCGCCAAUUAAGAACUUCAUUCGAAAAAGUGCUUUUUAACUAUUUAAUGAAAAAUGGACUUAUCUUUAAAACCAUUUAUUGUUUUUAAACUUUUAUUUUGAAGAAGGACGCUUUUAUAGUUUGAGACAAGAUGGUUUUAAUUAGAUUUUUAGAUUAAAAAUGAAAUUAAAUAAAGCAAAUUUUUAACUUUU